AUGCAAAUGUGGUUGCUAGCGAUCACAGCUGGAAUGUUCCUCUAUGUGUCAUGGAUCGACAUGCUCGCUCAUCUGAAGCACGAUGGCUCACACAAGGAUCACUGGACGGUGGCCUGCCUUCUGCAAUAUUCAGGGUUCUGUACGGGAUUUAUUCUGAUAUUCGCGUUGGGUUGGUUCGAGGAACAAUUGUUCACCACAAGCUGA